AGCCUCCCCCGCGCAGGGUGCGCCCCGCACGCUUAUCCUGCCCCGGAGCAGCGCGAGCACCCAGCCCUCGUUCCACAGCCGCUGCGAGAUGCUGCGCUCCACGUCCACCGUCACCCUGCUGUCAGGUGGCAGCGCCAAGUCUCCUGGGACGCCCAGUAGGAGGGCAAAUGUCUGCAGACUACGGCUGACUGUGCCUCCUGAGAGUCCAGCACCCCAGCAAACAGAAAAGAAGAUUGAGAGGAAAGAUCAGCCUCCAGAACCAAGCCAUGGGGAACCUACGAGGAAGCUUCCUCAGGGUGUUGUCUACGGUGUGGUGCGCAGAUCGGAUCCCAACCAACAGAAGGAAAUGGUCGUGUAUGGCUGGUCCACCAAUCAGCUCAAAGAAGAGAUGAACUACAUCAAAGAUGUGAGGGCCACUUUGGAGAAAGUGAGGAAGCGGAUGUUCGGUAACUAUGACGAGAUGAAGCAGAAGAUACGCCAGCUCACCCAGGACCUGUCGGUUUCCCACGCUCAGCAGGACUACCUAGACAGUCACAUCCAAGCACAGUCAUCAGCCCUGGAUAACUUCAAUGCCAUGAACUCGGCAUUGGCGCUGGACUCUGUUGGCCUGCAGAAAACCCUUGUGGAUGUGACCUUGGAAAACAGCAACAUCAAGGAUCAAAUCAGAAAUCUGCAGCAGACCUAUGAAGCGUCCAUGGACAAGCUGCGGGAGAAGCAGAGGCAGUUAGAGGCUGCACAAAUGGAAAACCAGCUGCUGAAAAUGAAGGUGGAGUCGUCUCAAGAAGCCAACGCUGAGGUGAUGCGGGAGAUGACGAGGAAGCUGUACAGCCAGUAUGAGGAGAAGCUGCAGGAGGCGCAACGCAAGCACAGCGCCGAGAAGGAGGUGCUCCUGGAGGAAACCAAUAGCUUUUUGAAAGCGAUCGAAGAGGCCAAUAAAAAGAUGGAGGCAGCUGAGCUCAGCCUGGAGGAGAAAGACCAGAGGAUCGGGGAGCUGGACAGGUUGAUUGAGCGAAUGGAGAAGGAACGGCAUCAGCUCCAGCUGCAGCUCCUUGAACAUGAAACAGAAAUGUCAGGGGAGAUUGCAGAUUCUGACAAGAACAGGUACCAGCAGCUGGAGGAGGCAUCAGCCAGCCUCCGCGAGCGGAUCAGACACCUGGAUGACAUGGUGCAUUGCCAGCAGAAGAAAGUCAAGCAGAUGGUUGAGGAGAUCAUGUCGCACGAGCUCUUCUCCACACUUAGUCUCCGGCUCUUUGGACGAUGAUAAGAUGCUAGCCUGCUCUGGGUAGAGGCAGAGGUGAUCGCAUCUUACUGGGUGUGAUUAGAAGAAUUACUUGUACACUCUGCGGGGAAGAGGUGGUGUUUAUCUGUGCUGAGGCCCGGAGCAAGCAGGGAAGAUACGCUAUGCAAAGGAAACCACGACCCUGUGGGACCCUCCUCUGUGAAAACACUCUCAGGCAGUAGCCUCAACACAUACAACCUCAAACUGCAGAUCAAAGAGACCUCAGAGAUCCACAGGAUAUUUUUUUUUUUUAGAAACUUGGGUUUCUAGACAUCAAAGCAAGAACUGCACUGAAAAAGACUAUUAAAAAUAAUUCAGAAAGUGCCAGGUGGAGCAUCCGCAGAAGACGUCCACUAAGGAGAAGGGAAGCGAGGCAAAGCUGCGCUCUGGGAAGGAGGCGCGCCUCACUGGAUCACACUCCUGAAAAUGCAGAUUCGGCCAGAUGUCCUGGUAGUCUGUUCAUAUUUGUAUAUGGCGACCCCCAUCUUUGGAGGGGGCCCUCUGGGUGUCCUUUCUAAAUUAUUGUCUACGGUCUUUGUCAGUUAAUGUCUCCUCUUGUUUAAGGAAAGUUCAGUUUGCUUCUAUCCUUCUGGCCGUCUUUCCUGAAUAGACGUGGUUCAACCAACUUCAGGAAAGGCGGGGGAUUGCCGGUGAAAAGAGAAACGUGCCUCGCUAAGAUGCAUGGGAGUGAGAUGAGUGAUGUAGGCUUCGUGGUUUAUCUUCAUAGAGGCCAUUGUUCACAGCCGGUGUGCUGUUAUUUCGUCAACACAGCAAGGGUUGCUGGGAGCUAGCGGAUGCUAUGGUGGCAGUUUUAGUUAGCGACGAUGUUAGCAUACGUAAGCCGGUAGACUGUAGUGACAGGGUGGGUAUCCCUCUGACCUUGGCAUUUCUAGGAACUUUUUAUAGGAAAGUGUGUUGGGGGGGGUUGCCCUUGUCCUUUCGUAUUGGUGCCCUUGUCAGUCCCAGCUUAGGGUGGCAUGGAAGGGAAGGGAGCAGACGAGACAAGUCCACACCUGAAAUGAUCUCUCAGUGACGUGAACCUGGGGGUGGGGACCUAUUUCAAGCUGGGCCCCACGUACCCUGUAGGGGAUUGGGGAGAGCUGGAGUCAGAGUCAAAAGUCACCCAUUCCCUGGUGACCCUAGGAGGUCACUUACCUGCAUCAUUCCUAGGGCAUGGAAUCCAGUCUCCGGCAUUUCUUCUGGACCAAGUCAUUACCCAGUCUCAGGAGGUGGAAUAAUGGGAUCUAAGGGAGGGGCCUUCAGAGAAGGUGCAUGCUGGGUGAAUCUUUCUUCUAGUGUGGUGGAGAAUACUUUUGUCUGUCUGAGCUGUGGUCAGUGCCUGGAAGCCAGAGAUGUCUUGUUCUGUGGAGCAGAUGGUGAGAUGUCCUGAAUGCUGCUUGCUCCGCCUGUCCUGACCCUGGUUGUAGACUAAUCUUCUUUGAUCUGGGUCCCUUGCUUCAGUUUACAAUCCUGUGUCUUAGUGCUCUGUCUUUCUACCUAGAUUGGUAUGAUGUCAACUUGACUUAAAUUGCUACCAAACCCAGCUCGUGUUCAAACCUUUGGUCACCCUCUAGCCCCGGCUCUUAUUUGGCCCCUUUGCCUGGACUGCUAAGGCUUACUUGUCCCCUACCCACUCUCCACCCCACCCAAAGGAGAUGCUGCUCACCUUGAGGUAGGAUUUCUUUAUAGCCAGUGAAAACAUUGUCGUUUCGAAUUCUGUGGUGAACAUAGAGUAGUCACUUUCUUAUUUUAACUAAAAUCUUAACACUUUGACUAAAAUAUGAAAUUUUUAGAGGCAUCACAAAGAACACAGUUGGGGCACCUUUCCAUCCCUGU